AUGAAGAUAUUGUACCUGACAUUCGCUCUCCUGGCCAGCUGUGCCGUUAUUUGGGCCGGCAGUGGAGAGGGGGAGCAGCAGGAGCAGGAGGAGCCAGUAUCUGGGAAACUAUCCAAGCAGGCAGGACCCCAUCCUGGCCAGGGGUUCAAACUCAUAUCCUUCGAUGCGGUCGGCAAUAACAUAGCUCUGGGUCUGGAUUAUCUAGUGCCCUUUCUGGAGGUUCCUGUCAAGCGAAAGAGGAGUGCGCCACCUAAGCCCUUAGUUAUAGUGAAUUCAGCAGCAGUGGUUAGCUGUGGACUCGUGGUGGCCGGCGGCGUCCUUGUGGGCCACCUGAUCCGGAGUUUGGGACUGGAGGCCAUCACGGGAGAUGAUCAGCGGCCCAUUUUCGGGAAUUCUUCCACACACAAGCCCAAGUCUUUGGAGGAGGAUUCGCCCUCUUCUACACCAGCACCCAGUUCUUCAAAUGCCACAGCCAGGGGUCUUUUCGAUGAUAGCCCUAGCUUUCCUGGAAUUUUUGAUAACUUUAAGCUGAUCUAUCGCAAUGAAACUGGAGAUCGUGUGGCUACAAGUCUUCCAAAUAUUUUGGGCGUCAUUGAGCGAACGUUUCUGAAGAACGACGUGGAUCUAUCUGUCUGCCUGCUGAAAUCCAUUUGCAUUUUGACCCAUCGUGCGGGAGAAAGAGUUAUCAAAGGUCAGGCCUCAGACUUGGAUCAUCUAUUGGAUGGAGCCACCAAAUGGUCCUGGCUGCUGGCCUGGUUGGAGCAAUCCGCCUUUCGAGAUGCUAUCGAAGCGGGGAAAGUUGAUUUGCCCCAUCACUGCACCAUCAAGUAUCCGGAAUGCAAGUGGACGGCUCCUGAAGAGCAAAUCCUGGAGUUGUUGCGCAAUAAUGUGCAGUUUAAAUAG